CAAAAGACUGUAGGAAAGACUAAAGACUUGUUACAAACAAUUUUGGGAACGUCUUUUUGAAAUUGUUAGCAUGGAUGUGCCGAUUAAAAUCCGUGUCAUUUUUGCGUGGAUUGUUUUCAUAAAUCUAAUCUCUUUAGGUUCUUCGCAGUUUUGCUCUUCGAUUCGUACUACUACAAGUCGUUGUUAUCCAUUCAGCUCUUGUAGCACAGGGGUUCUGUCUGUACCAGGUAUUAGCGUAAGGCGGUAUGAAUGCGUUGGUGGAGGACGACCACCAACGAUUGCCUUCGUUCGAUGUACUGUCCAGUGCUCAGGACCAAGAGUGAAUGGAGGAUGGACCGCCUGGUCAACUUGGUCAAGGUGUUCACGGACUUGUGGAGGCGGAAACAGAGUCCGCAGACGAUCUUGUACAAGCCCUCCCCCGCAGAAUGGCGGUUUAGAUUGUCCUGGAAGUCCUACACAAAGUCAAUCUUGUAACACCAAUCCAUGUAGGGUUAUAGGAAAUUGGGAAGGUUGGUCCGUUUGUUCUACAACCUGUGGCAGAGGAAUGGAGACACGACGCAGACGUUGUACUGGAAACUGUUCAGGAGUGUCGCUGGCACAGACAAGGGACUGUAACAUUAGAGAAUGUUCAGUGAAUGGAGGAUGGACGGCCUGGUCAACUUGGUCAAGGUGUUCACGGACUUGUGGAGGCGGAAACAGAGUCCGCAGACGAUCUUGUACAAGCCCUCCCCCGAAGAAUGGCGGUUUAGAUUGUCCUGGAAGUCCUACACAAAGUCAAUCUUGUAACACCAAUCCAUGUAGGGUUAUAGGAAAUUGGGAAGGUUGGUCCGUUUGUUCUACAACCUGUGGCAGAGGAAUGCAGACACGACGCAGACGUUGCACUGGAAACUGUCCAGGAGUGUCGCUGGCACAGACAAGGGACUGUAACAUAAGAGAAUGUCCAGUGAACGGCGGAUGGACUCCUUGGUCGCCGUGGUCGGCGUGUUCAGCUGCAGGAAGAAGAUAUCGCAGACGGUCUUGCACUAACCCUCCACCUAGGUAUGGAGGGGCCUCUUGCCCGGGAUCGCCGCUGGAAUUUGGCUCUUGCAGUCAGACUGUAGCUGUCAAUGGUGGAUGGGCACCUUGGGGAUCUUGGUCUACUUGUUCUCAGCAGUGCAAUGGACAAAGAACACGGGAGAGAACCUGUUCCAGACCUGCUCCACAACAUGGCGGCAGACCCUGCCCUGGGGGAAACUCCGAGACAAGUACCUGCAAUGUGGGGGCAUGUCCGAGUUGCGGUGUAGGUCAGGUCUCCCCGAGUGUCCUACAGCAGCAAAGGAUAGUCGGAGGCACGACGGCCGAACCCAACAGCUGGCCGUGGCAGGUACUUCUAGUGACCAGUUCAAACCAGGCGCCAUGCGGAGGGACACUGGUCAGCAACCAGUGGGUGGUCACGGCUGGGCACUGUGUGGCCAGCCGACUAGACCCUGGCUCCUGGAGAGUGCGUGUGGGCGAGCACGACCUUACAACCUUCAGCAGCAUUCAGAGAGAUAUCCCGGUAUCCAGAGUGGUUCCUCACCCAGGUUUUGAUGAAUCUACUUUAAUCAACGAUAUCGCCUUGGUACGACUCAGUCAGCCGGUGACUCACAGUGAUAAGAUAACACCGGUCUGUAUUCCAACUAAGGAUGUGACAGCAGGGACGAAAUGUGUGGCGACUGGAUGGGGAGUGACUUCAGAAUCAGGAAGUCGCCCAGAUUUGCUCCAGCAGGUAGUGUUGAGUGUCGUCGCUCGUUCCACGUGCAGGUUGCGCUCUUAUAUAGGCAGUUUUAUAAAAGACACAAUGAUCUGUGCGGGUGGAGAAGACGGAAAAGACGCUUGCAAUGGCGACUCGGGCGGCCCUCUGGUGUGUCUUGAGGACGGUCGCUUUAUUCUCCAGGGUGUGACCAGUUUUGGUAUUGGCUGUGGUCGACCUAUGAAACCUGGUGUUUAUACCCGCGUGGCGCUGUAUUCAGAGUGGAUUCAACGACACAUCAAUUCAUGAACAAGACUAAAAAAUUGACAAAUUUAUGCUUACCUAUUUCUGUUUUACGAAGAUAAUGCGAUGUGGGGCAGCGAAAUCCGGAGUUUUUGCCUCUAGAAAUGUGCACCACCUAUUCUGCCUUAUAAUAUUAUAAUAUCUUUAUUAUUUUUAAUAUUUUUAAUAUUAUUUUAUUUAUUUGUUUAUCAGUGAAAUAUUUAAAGAAUUCAAAUUUCAAUAUUGCCCAAUAAAAGCCCUGGACUUCAGAGCUGGCUGCAAGAUUUCGGUAAGCGCACAUUUUCAAGUCUGGCUUCAAUAAUUGAAAGGGCUUACAAAAAUAUUGAUAGUGAUACGACUAAGACAAGAAAGCCUAAGGUUAAUUCAAGAAGAGCAUUUGUGAGCCAAACUUCUAACUAAGUAGACCCUAUUUAUUAAAAAAUGUAUCAACCAUUUAUCAAGUGUGAACAGAUAAUUUGAUGCUGAACAAGAUAAUUUGAAGGCGACAAAGCACUUGUUUCUAAUCUAAUUUUAUAUCUUAGACCUUAGCAACAGAUAAGAGGCAUUUUAAUUUUCAAUAUAUAAGAUGUAAUGUACCUCUAUAAAUGUAUUUGAUUCAAGCUCCUAUAGUAGCAAAAAAGAAUGAAUGAAUAUGAUGCUAGAUAGAC